CUUUUUACACAACUGAAAAUCCAAUUGUUAAAGUGUUGCAAAUCUUGUUUUGCGUUCUCCUCCACAGUGCUCUCCAUCGCUGUUAAAUAAUCAAACUACAUUCGCCGCCUCAAACUACAUUCGCCGCCUCAAACUACAUUCGCCGCCUCAAACUACAUUCGCCGCAAAUUAAAAAAAAAAUUGAAAAAUACUUCUAUUUUCUUGCUUUUUACAACAUUACUUUAAUAUUUGUUCUCUGUAUUCUUUAAAAAACUGAUUGUAAGUGUGUUGUAAGUCCAUGUUUGGGCCACUCCAACGGGUAAAUCCCCUGUAGUACUAUAAAAGGGAGACAAUAACCACCUUCCAGCUCUACACCCUGCCCCAUUAGAACUAAGGUGAUGUUAAAGGUGUAAGUUGAAUUUGCUUAGAAGUAGCAGGGGUGAAAAUAUGAAAAAAUUGCGUAAGAAGGUUACAUUUUUUUUUUAUUUUUUCUGUUUUUUUUCGUGGACUUUUUACGGCAAUAUGUGUUAUUUUUUUCUUUAAUUAAAUUUUUUUUGAUUUAAUAUUCUUUAAAACUAGUUUUUUUGUAUUUAUUUUUGAGCUUCUGUUUAUAUGAAAUCCUAUUUCUAUUUGCGUUUUUUAUUUAAUUAUAUUUGUUUUUAUUUUUGUUUUUAAGUAUAUUUUUUUUGCGUGUGUUUUUUCGUUUAUUGUUUGUCCGUUUAACACCAGCAAUUAAAAUAAAAAUAUUAAAUGAAACACGUUUUUAUUGUAUUUUCAUCAUUUCGAAAAAAGAAGAAAACAUAUUUCUUCCUCUAUAUCAUACACCAAAACUUUCAUACACAAAGCUGUUUUAUAUCCUCGAGUUUGUGCCGUUAUGAGCGUGUCCUUAAACGCGUCUUUUUUGCCGACGCCGUAUUUAAAUUUAACGAGUUCCGUCAACGUCUCCACAACGGAAUUGGUUAAAACGUCAUAUACUUCAGUUACAACGACGCCGUUUUAUUCAAUAGCAGAGUUGUUUUUUAUUUAUUUAUCGGGAUUUUUGUUAAGUAUCGUUACCAUUGGUGGAAAUGUGCUUGUAGUGAUUGCGUAUUGGACCAAUCCGAGAAUAAACAAGUCGGUAACGAAUCUAUUUAUUUUUUCAUUGUCGAUAUCUGAUAUAACUGUCGGCGUUGUGUCGAUUAACUUGUAUACAAUAUAUGUUGCUAAAAAGGAAUGGUUGCUAGGUGUGGUCGUGUGCGAUAUAUGGUUAUGUUUGGAUUACGCUUGUUGUCAAGCCUCGGUUAUUCAUCUCAUAGUUAUAUGUAUUGAUCGCUAUUUCUCUGUCACAAAGCCUCUGAGUUAUCGAGCAAAGCGUACGCGCUUUCGCGCCAUCGUUGCGAUAUUACUCGCUUGGUUUCUUGCCUUCUUCCAAUGGGCGCCGUGGAUUGUAAGCUAUCCGUUUAUGGUAGGCAGAACUGUGCCUGAGAAUGCGUGUUAUGUGCAGUUUCUUACGGAGAGUUGGUAUAUCUCCAUUAUAACAUCCAUAGCUGCGUAUUAUGUUCCAGUACUUAUUAUGGGAGUGGUGUAUUUACGUAUUUAUUUUCUCAUGAAGGAAAGAGAAAAAGCGUUCAACAAGUUAACAAAAGGUCCUAAAUCAUCAAAGCCCAACUUAGAGAUUUUGAAUUCGUACAAUACUAUAGAUGCUUCGAUGACUGGUUCGCCACGUAUUGGGAAUAAAAAUUCAGUCGCCGUGUGUGACACGCUCAACGCGAUCGGGAAGGCGCAACUGUCUAAACUCACUAACGUUCUCAAGCAACGCAAAUGCGCGAGAAUGUUGAGUAUCGUUUUUGCUACAUUUACAAUCACGUGGUGUCCGUAUUAUAUUUUAACUUUGAUAUCUCCAUUCUGCAAAUCGUGUAUACCGACCGCUCUUUGGGACUUCAGUUAUAUGUUCUGUUAUAUCAACUCUACCGUGAACCCGUUUUGUUAUUCUUUGGGUAACAGAGAGUUUCGUGUUGCUUUCAAGAAAUUAUUGUGUCCUACGCGGAGGAUUAGCUCCAUACAGAAUGAGCCAAAGCUAGCAGUUGCAAAAAAGUCAAAAUCGAAAUCCAUUGUGCAGAAACUUUGCAAGACAGUUGAAUUUGAAGAAUCCGAAUAAAGGAUGUUCGUAUUUUACCGAACACCUUUCCACAUCGAGCAGCAAUUGUAAUUAUAUAUAAAAGUUAUUUAAAAGGUAUUAAGAAUAUAUAGACGAGAUAAAAUAUUUUUAGUAAAAAGAUAUCAUUACUUUAAUUUUUCAGGA